AUGGCGUUUCCAAACCAAGAAGCUUCGACUCUCGAUUUCAUCAGGCAACACCUCCUCACCGACUUCCCCUCCAUGGAUUCCUUCAUCUCCAACCUCCAACAAACCCCCUUCAACACCACUGUCAAAACAGAGACGCUUUCUCAUUCUCCGUCUUCCAGCGGCGGCGGCAGCGGGAGUAGUUUGAGCAAGAGGAAGCCACCCAUGUCCAAAAUCACCAUCCCAACCACCACCAUCUCCAAACCACCAUCUCAGCUUGAAUUGGGUGUCGCCAAUUCUUCUUCCUCUGUCGUCGACGGCGACGAGAAGCACUACAGAGGGGUUCGCCGGAGGCCAUGGGGGAAGUACGCGGCGGAGAUUCGAGAUCCCACCAAAAAGGGCGUCAGGGUCUGGCUGGGGACGUUCGAUUCCGCCGUCGAGGCCGCCAAGGCGUACGACAGCGCCGCCUUCCGCCUCCGCGGCAGCAGGGCGAUCCUCAAUUUCCCGCUCGACGCCGGCAGGAAUUCGGACUCUCCGGCCGGUCCGAUUCCCCCCGAUUCGGGGGAAUUGAGCGGGAUUAGGAAGAGGAAGAUUGGGGAAAUCGAGGGUGGUGGUGGUGAGGGCAGUUUGAAGGCGGUGAAGGCGGAGAACCAGUCGUCGCCGGCGGCGGCGCAGGGUUUGGGGGAACCGGUGCCGUUGACGCCGUCGAGCUGGAAGGAGAUCUGGGACGGGGAAGUCAAGGGGAUAUUCAGCGUCCCGCCGUUAUCGCCGUUAUCUCCCUAUACGUUUUCACGGCUGAUGGCGGUGUGA